GCGGGCAAAUGGCGGCGGCGGCGGCUGAGGGCGGCUGCUCCGGUGGCGGCUGCGGCUCCGCGACGCUCAUGCCGGCGGCGGCGUCGUCUUCGGGAACGGCGGCGGCGAGCGGGAGCCUGGCGGCGGGGGGCUGCGGCGCGGCGGGGCCGUCGUCGUGGACGCGUUCGCUGGAGCGGGCGCUGGAGGAGGCGGCGGCCAGCGGCUCCCUCAGCCUCAGCGGCAGGAAGCUGAGGGACUAUCCGCGGGGAAGCGCCGCCGGCCACGACCUCAGCGACACCACCCAGGCCGAUUUAUCACGGAACCGACUCUCCGAGUUGCCCCAAGAAGCUUGCCUCUUCGUUUCCCUCGAGAGCUUGAAUUUGUACCAGAAUUGCAUUCGUUAUAUUCCAGAAGCCAUUUUGAACUUGCAGUCCUUAACUUUUUUGAAUAUCAGCCGUAACCAACUCUCGACGUUGCCUGUCCACCUGUGCAGCUUGCCCUUAAAAGUUCUGAUAGCCAGCAACAAUAAACUGGUCUCCAUCCCAGAAGAAAUCGGACAUCUGAGACAUCUGAUGGAGCUUGAUGUCAGCUGCAACGAGAUCCAGACAAUCCCUCCCCAAAUUGGCAAUCUAAAUUCCUUGCGGGAUCUCAACAUCAGAAGGAAUCAUCUGGUACAUUUACCUGAAGAGCUUGCCGAGCUGCCUUUGAUUCGGUUAGAUUUCUCCUGCAAUAAAAUCACAACAAUCCCAGUGUGUUACCGGAACCUCAGGCACUUACAGACAAUCACCUUAGAUAACAACCCCUUGCAGUCUCCCCCCGCCCAGAUAUGUAUAAAAGGAAAAAUCCAUAUAUUUAAGUAUCUGAACAUGGAAGCGUGUAAAGUUGUGCCAGACCUUCCCGAUUAUGAUAGGCGACCGAUAGGCUUCGGAUCCUGCCACGAAGACCUGUAUUCGAGUCGACCGUAUGGAGCACUGGAUUCCGGGUUCAACAGCGUAGACAGCGGAGAUAAGAGGUGGUCAGGAAAUGAAGGGGCUUUAUUUUUAUUUUUAAUGCAGCCGACAGAUGAGUUUUCUGACCUUCCCCUGCGAGUGGCAGAGAUCACGAAAGAACAGAGGCUGAGAAGAGAGAGCCAUUACCAAGAACACAGAGGGAACUCCUUGGUCACAAACGGUGGAGUGGAGCAAGAUCUGGAUCAGAUCGACUUUAUUGAUAGCUGUGCCGCCGAAGAAGAGGAGGAAGAAGUGAGGCAGGCCAAAUGUCCGGAGACAGACAGCCUCAGCACGCAGUUUAUGGCCUAUAUUGAACAACGCCGAAUCUCUCACGAGGGUUCACCCGUAAAACCUACAAACAACCGAGAGUUUCCUAGGUCAGAAGAUACAAGAAAAUGCCUCCAUCAAAAUAGAGAUGCAGAGGAAUUAAAACGGCCCGAAAGUCUGAGUUUAAUGCAAGAUAGGGAACGACCGCAAGGAUUAAGGAGCUUUGUAGAUCGGUCAGAAAGGGGUUGCCGAGACUCUGCUACCCAUGGGUUAUUGUCCAAUGCUCACAAUCAGAACCUUCCCGCAGAGACUGACCCACCCAAACGGCGUGAGCUCUUCGCGGAGUGGACGCGGAGGGAAGCGCAGCUGGCGGCCCUGCACUAUGAGGAGGAGAAGAGGAAGACGAAGCAGAUUCAGAAGGAAGCCGUUCUUGAUUUUGUCAAACUCAAGGCAUCCCAGGGUCCACGGAAACAAAACCCGCUGGAGAACGAGUGCCCCUUUCCGUCCAGAAGGUCUCAGCACACUGACGAUAGUGCCUUGCUGGUGAGUGACGACCGAUCCACCGUCUCACCAAAUUCACCCACUUCUCAAACAGUUCACCUGUCUGUCCCGUAUCCUGGCCCAGCCGCCACCCCUUCCUACAGAGCAACUCCCCAGCGCCCUGAAAGCUUCCUGUUCCGAAACGCCACCAGAGAAGAAGCAAACAAAGCCGUGACGUCGCUGCCUGCUUCUUCAUCAGCCCCGGUUAAUUGCACAGAUGACGUCAGCGAUAACCACAAUUCCACCUUGCCGGAAGAAGACGUUUUGGUGAUAGAGCAACUGCGAAAAAACAUUGAAUCCCGGUUAAAAGUGUCUUUGCCGAGCGAUCUCAGCGCAGCCUUAACGGAUGGCGUGGUGCUUUGCCAUUUAGCCAACCACGUGCGGCCUCGUUCUGUCCCUAGUAUCCAUGUGCCCUCGCCAGCUGUCCCUAAAUUAACCAUGGCCAAGUGUCGACGGAAUGUGGAAAAUUUCCUGGAAGCCUGUCGAAAAAUAGGGGUGCCUCAGGAGCGACUGUGUUUGCCUCUGCACAUUUUAGAAGAGAAGGGCUUGACGCAGGUGGCAGAGACUGUGCAAGCCCUCCUGGAAUGGGCCCCUCCAAAACAACAGCACCACCUGGGCGCCGCCUAAGGAGCCCCAAGAACUUCUUCCCGGGCUGGCGGAAGGAGGCGAGUGCGGGUGCCGCCUCUCCAAGCACACAAGACUGUCUUUGUGUUCGAAGAGCGACCGCCGAACCCCAAAUUCCUGAUGGGAAUCCUUUGCCUUUUUUUGGUUUCUCCAGGUUUUUUUGUUGUUGUUUUUUUCCCCCAUUGGACUUUUGCGAUUUGUAAAGUGGGGUGGUUUUUUUUUUUCUGGGGCUGGGGCGGAGGGAACGGGGUGAAAACUCCAGGAGCCCCUCGGCUUCCUAUUUAAAUAUCAUCCUGGGGGAAAUCUGGGUGGGGGAAAAAAAUAAAGAAGGACUUUUUAACCCCACCACUAUAGAAAUGUGAGGCUCCAGGUAGGUUUAACAUGGAGGAAAAAUCCUUGUGUUUUUUUUUGUUUUUGUUUUUGUUUUGCACUUCUGCUCUGAACAAUCCCGCAGACAAGACCAGCUCCGGAAGGCCCCCAGCGAUGACGGUUCCUUAGCCAGUCCUGAAUCCUCUUUAUUCUUUUGCUGCUUAGUUCUUUCCCAUCGUCGCUUCCCAUUGGGAUGUUUCUUAACAGGAAUUUUUUUU